AACCAGUACAUGGAAAUGGAAGACCAAAUGGAGAGCCAGAAGAGAAGGGGAAUCAGCAAAGAUGACCUAAUAUCUGAACGGACAGGGGCUUUGGGAUGUAUUGGUUGGUUCAUAGUCAUACUCGCUGGCAUCUUUACAAUCUUACUCUUCCCUAUCACCAUCUGGUUUUGUCUUAAGAUUGUGCAGGAGUAUGAGCGUGCUGUCAUCUUCAGACUGGGCCGCAUCACAGACAGGAAGGCUAAAGGACCAGGAAUUUUCUUUGUUUUGCCAUGCACCGAUACCUUUACAAAAGUGGAUCUGCGUACAGUUUCGUUUGACAUCCCACCCCAAGAGAUCCUGACCAAGGACUCGGUUACAGUUUCUGUGGACGGAGUGGUGUACUUCCGCGUCAGUGAUCCCAUUGCCUCUGUGGCCAAUGUGUCUAAUGCUGACUUUGCCACCCGUCUGCUGGCUCAGACCACCCUCAGAAAUGUCCUGGGGACCAAGAACCUAGCUGAGCUUCUGUCUGACCGUGAGGGCAUUGCUCACAGCAUGCAGUCAAGCCUGGAUGAAGCCACAGAUGACUGGGGUAUCAAGGUGGAGCGUGUGGAGAUUAAAGAUGUGAAACUGCCAGUUCAGCUACAGAGAGCUAUGGCUGCUGAAGCAGAGGCUUCACGAGAGGCCAGAGCCAAGGUAAUUGCAGCAGAGGGUGAGAUGAAUGCAUCUCGUGCCCUGAAGGAGGCUUCCCUUGUCAUUGCAGAGUCUCCAUCAGCCCUGCAGCUCCGCUACCUGCAGACUCUCAACACCAUUGCAGCAGAGAAGAACUCCACCAUCAUCUUCCCCCUGCCCAUGGAUGUCUUGUCUCACUUCAUGCGGAAGUGAAACCUCAGCUCAGUUUGUUGAGUUUAAGGGAAAUAAAAAUAAUAAUUUGAUUAUUAUUUUGACUUUGGGAUUAUCACAGUUUUAUUGCUGUAUGCAUGAUAUUUUUAGAAAUUGAUCACAGUCUAUGGUUGUGAUUGGGCCAGUCCUCCUAAUGUGAUCUGAAAGAAAUCCACAGUAGUCAGAAGAGUUUACAUGUCUUGAAACUGGUAUCUUUUUAUCUUGCAUGACAUAAUGAAUAGUGUAUUGUUGAUUAUAUUAUAUGAUGUUAUGUUGAUCAGUUGCAUGUUUUGAUACAUUAAAUGUAAAAAUUUAUGAAGCCAACAAUGUUGAUUUUUUUUUUUUUUUGUUUUGCAUAUGGCUUAAAAAUUGAGUGUUUGUCAUGGGCCAAAGGCCAGUGGCUUGGAUGGGCCUGUGGAACAUGACAAUGGCGCAGUUGUUAGUGAGUGUUGUGUGAGUAUUUUUCAGCCUCUCAUUCUCAGCCUCUCAGUUGUUUAAGCUUUCUGAAACUUCUGUUUUUCAUUAAAAGUAAUCAUUUGGGACCUGGCAAUAACCCUUUAAUAGGGCACAAUUUCAGUUCAUUUUAUGUUGACAUAUCACACUUAAGGCUAAAAAAUUAGCACUUUAAUUCCGUAUCAAAUGUGCUUGUGUACAGAGUCAAGAACAACUGUCCACAUAUGUACUUCUUUUUGGUGUGUCAGGGUUCUGGCUGGACCUCCAGUUUUUGUUCCUGUGUGUGGUAGGCGCAGCUUCCCCUGACUUCCCCUUACUGGAUGUUAUAUGGCACACAACAGCUUUGAUCCAACCAUAACAUUUACAGCAACGGAAACAAAAUCCUAAAUGUAAUCGCAUUCCAUGAAAGACCCUGUACCAGUACACAUUGCUUCACAGCCUUAUGUUGUCAAGCAUUGGUCCUGGAACAUGGAUUGGAACAUGAUUUAGACAGCAGAUGAAAGGGUAGGUCUCCUCAAUUCAUCAUUAUUAUCUGCAUUUUAGCACAUGUGAACAUGCCAAAUUAACUGUGAAGAUGCAUUGCAUUUUUGGGACUUUUUUUCUCCUCAUUC